CCGCUUCCCGCAGAUGUACGGUGUCGAUGGACAACCUUCCACAAUCCCUCGUUCUCGAAAUUCUGAGUCGACUCACCGAUUCCACUGACCUUGCGCGCUGCAGAGUCGUCUCCAAGACCUUCAAUUCUCUCUCCCACGAUGUUCGCUCCAUCAACCUUACCUGCUCCAUGUCUUGCUACCUCAAGUCUCGUUCUCCGGAGGCUAUUGUGCUUGUCACGCCCUUCAAGACCGUUUUCAAGGACCUCGUUAGCCGUUCUGGACGCCUAGAUUCCGUCUCGCUCGGCGUCGAUAAGUCCCUCGGAGGGAUAUCUUUCGACGAUGUUGACGAUGACUCUGAUGAUCUCUAUCUCACUGACUCCAGCUUCGUCAACACUUGGUUGCCCAGAAUUGCUCAGGAUUUGAAAUCUCUUUCCAUCUCGGAUUUUUGGGUUCAAUCAUGUUGGAGGCGAUCGGACGCCUUGUCAUUGAUCUCUUUGAGCUGCCAUGGUCUUGGCAAAUUAGUGUUGAGGAACGCUUGGUUAUCAGUGGAUGGUCUGAUUCCUAUGCCGAUGCUCUCAAUUCUGACCCUAGAAUUCGUGAGAUUAGAUGAUGAAGAUCUAAGCAAGAUAAAUACAUGUUUCCCAAAUUUGAUAGAACUGAAUCUAAUAGGAGUUGGAGGACUCAGGGAACCAAAAAUCAAUCUCUUGCAACUUAGAACUUGCAAAUGGUCAGUAUCAAAUGCUCCUCUUUCUUUGGCAAUAUGUGCACCGAAACUUGCCAAUUUUCAACUUAAAUGCAUUAGACCGAGGUCAAUUGUCCUUGAAGCCUCAUCACUGUCUGCUUUUGAUAUUGCUAUUGAGGAUACAGAUGAGUUGAAGUUGAUAGAUUGUCACAGUAUAUUAUACCUUCAGUUUGAAUCUUCCAAUCUCGCUUGUCUCUUUAGCUUGUUUCGACUUUGCAAGGCAGUUAAGAGGCUCAAGGUGGAUUCAGUUAGAAGACAUGAACACACUAAAGUAAAAUCCUUUGGCUUUGAAACAUUGUUUGAGUCUUUCCCAUUUGUGAGCUAUCUUGAAUUAGGACCUGGAGCUUGGCAUGACAUGGAGGCUUCUUUCUGCACAGGAGGUUUGAAAUACAGGAUUGAGAUGAAGACAUUGAAAGAGUUUGUUGCACAUCUAGUGGUCCAACAUAUUGAGUCUACUCUUGCUUUUAUCUUCUCUGUCGUGGAUAAUUGUACUAAGUUAUCAGAUGUUUCUCUGCUUAUUCAUUGCGAUGUCCAUCCUUAUGUUGCUGGCAAUCUCAUGUCUAAGUGCAGAAGCUAUUGUCCUAGAGUUAGAUGGAGAUUGGGUAUAUGGAAAGAAGGAAUGAGGGAUACUUGGGUCUCUGAUGCCAACUAAUUUAAGUGUCCAGAUUUGUAUAAAAACGGGAAAGACAUGAAGAUUUAGUGCAAUACUGUGUGGCCAUAGACAAAUUUAGAUAGACGUUUUAAUGUUGAGCAAGUUUUUAGUUAAUGGAUAGGCAAAGUAUACAACGUUGGAAGAAACUAGAUUUUCAGAAAUAGCAUUCUUCUCUGUAUUGCUUCAACGAUGACACAGUACUUGAGGAUGUCGAGAUGAUAUUAACAUAUAGAAGUUCCACCUUAUGGAUA